AGGAGCUGGUGCGCAGCGGCCACUCCCGGAGCGAGGAGGCGGGGCGCUCCCGCACUGCCGGAGCCCGUCGCCAAGGGGAAGGCCUGGACCGCCGGGCGCUGGGCGCGGACGCGGGCCCCGAGGGCGCGGGCCGAGCGGCAGGUGCGCGGCGCGGACUACAAGUCCCAGCAUGCCCAGCUACCCUGACCCGGCCCCCGCUGCCACUUAAAAGCUUCGGGAGCCGCAGCCGUCGGGUCGCCGCGGCUUUCGCUUUGCAGCCGCGGCUGGGCGGGCGGGAGCGGCGGGCUUGGCGGCCGGCAGUCCUAGCGUCCGGGCUCCGGCUGCGCCAAGGGGCGCUCUUCGUCCGGCCCUCCCCGCGCGCGGAUUCCCUCCCGAGGCGCCCGCGCCCCCGGGCUCCCCGCCUCGCCCACCCGGCGGCCCCGAUGCCGAGGCAUGGAUAGAGCGGCGCUGCGCGCGGCGGCGAUGGGAGAGAAGAAGGAGGGCCGCGGCGGGGGGGACGCGGCGGCCGCGGACGGGGGCCCCGGGGCCGCGGCCAGUCGGGCGCUGCAGCAGUGCGGGCAGCUCCAGAAGCUCAUCGACAUCUCCAUCGGCAGCCUGCGCGGGCUGCGCACCAAGUGCGCCGUGUCCAACGACCUCACCCAGCAGGAGAUCCGGACCCUGGAGGCGAAGCUGGUUCGGUACAUUUGCAAGCAGCAGCAAUGCAAGCUGAGUGUGGCUCCUGGCGAGAGGACCUCAGAACUCAACAGCUACCCUCGCUUCAGUGACUGGCUGUGUACCUUCAAUGUGAGGCCGGAGGUGGUGCAGGAGAUCCUCAACGAGCUCACACUGGAUGCCCUGCUGGACAUGAACGAGGUCAAGGUGAAGGAGACGCUGCGGCGCUACGGGGCCAACGCCGAGGAGUGUGGCCGCCUGCAGUACGCCCUCGCCUGCCUGCGGAAAGUGACAGGUCUGGGAGGGGAGCACAAAGAUGACUCAGGCUGGAGUUCAUUGGACGCCCGGCGGGAAAGUGGCUCGGGGCCUUCCGCGGACACCCUCCCGCCAGCCGGCCCGCCCUGGCCCCCAGGGAGCACCCAGCUGGGCAGAAUGGGCAGCGGUGCCCAGGGCCCACGCUCCGUCUCCGUGUCGGCUCUGCCCACCUCGGACUCCCCGACCCCAGGCCCCUGCGAGGGCCUCGCGGACACCUGUAUCCCCCUGCACGCCAGCGGCCGGCUGACCCCCCGCGCCCUGCACAGCUUCAUCACCCCGCCGACCACGCCCCAGCUGCGAAGACACACCAAGCUGAAGCCACCGCGGACGCCGCCCCCGCCCAGCCGCAAGGUCUUUCAGCUGCUGCCCAGCUUCCCCACGCUCACCCGGAGCAAGUCCCAUGAGUCUCAGCUGGGGAACCGCAUUGACGAGGUCUCCCCAAUGAGGUUUGAUCUCCCGUACGGAUCCCCACAGAUGGUACGAAGGGACAUCGGGCUGUCGGUGACUCACAGGUUCUCCACCAAGUCUUGGCUGUCGCAGGUCUGCCACGUGUGCCAGAAGAGCAUGAUGUUUGGAGUGAAAUGCAAACACUGCAGAUUGAAGUGUCACAACAAGUGUACAAAAGAAGCCCCUGCCUGUAGAAUAUCCUUCCUUCCACAACCUAGGCUUCGGAGGACAGAAUCUGUCCCCUCGGACAUCAACAACCCGGUGGACAGAGCAGCUGAGCCCCAUUUCGGAACCCUCCCCAAAGCACUGACAAAGAAGGAGCACCCUCCAGCCAUGAACCACCUGGACUCCAGCAGCAACCCGUCCUCCACCACGUCCUCCACGCCCUCCUCGCCGGCACCCUUCCCGACAUCGUCCAAUCCAUCCAGUGCCACGACGCCCCCCAACCCGUCUCCCGGCCAGCGGGACAACAGGUUCAACUUCCCAGACAUUUCCGCAUUUCCACAGGCGGCCCCGUCCCCUGAUGCAGCAGACAGUACCCGGCUCGACAACCAGCCAAAAGCAGACGUGUUGGAGGAUCGUGAAGGGGAGGCCGAGGAGACAGAGGCCGGCAAGUCAGAGGCCGAGGACGACGAGGACGAGGUGGACGACUUGCCGAGCUCCCGCCGGCCCUGGCGGGGCCCCAUCUCUCGCAAGGCCAGCCAGACUAGCGUGUACCUGCAGGAGUGGGACAUCCCCUUUGAGCAGGUGGAGCUGGGCGAGCCCAUCGGGCAGGGCCGCUGGGGCCGCGUGCACCGAGGCCGCUGGCACGGCGAGGUGGCCAUCCGCCUGCUGGAGAUGGACGGCCACAACCAGGACCACCUGAAGCUGUUCAAGAAAGAGGUGAUGAACUACCGGCAGACGCGGCAUGAGAACGUGGUGCUCUUCAUGGGGGCCUGCAUGAACCCACCCCAUCUGGCCAUCAUCACCAGCUUCUGCAAGGGGCGGACAUUGCACUCAUUUGUGAGGGACCCCAAGACGUCUCUGGACAUCAACAAGACCAGACAGAUUGCUCAGGAGAUCAUCAAGGGCAUGGGAUAUCUACAUGCCAAGGGCAUUGUGCACAAAGAUCUCAAAUCCAAGAACGUCUUCUAUGACAACGGCAAAGUGGUCAUCACAGACUUCGGGCUGUUUGGGAUCUCGGGCGUGGUCCGAGAGGGACGGCGUGAGAACCAGCUGAAGCUGUCACAUGACUGGCUGUGCUACUUGGCCCCGGAGAUUGUCCGCGAGAUGACCCCCGGGAAGGACGAGGACCAGCUGCCGUUCUCCAAAGCUGCUGACGUCUAUGCAUUUGGGACUGUUUGGUAUGAACUUCAAGCAAGAGACUGGCCCUUUAAGAACCAAGCUGCAGAGGCCUUGAUCUGGCAGAUUGGAAGCGGAGAGGGAAUGAAGCGCGUCCUGGCCUCCGUCAGCCUGGGGAAGGAAGUCACUGAGAUCCUGUCUGCUUGCUGGGCUUUCGACCUGCAGGAGAGGCCCAGCUUCACCUUGCUGAUGGACAUGCUGGAGAAACUGCCCAAGCUGAACCGGCGGCUCUCCCACCCCGGCCACUUCUGGAAGUCCGCUGAGCGCUGGCGGAGCCGCUACUACGGGAAAGGACGUUACGGCCACCUGGACUUUAAGAACUCCUUUCCGGUUCUGGAGGAACACAUUAACAGCAAAGUUGUACCCCGGUUCGAAAGGUUUGGUUUGGGCGUCCUGGAGCCCAGUAAUCCAAAGAUGUAGCCAACUUGUGCACUUUUUCUGCCGAUUUCUUUCUCUCUCAAACGCGGUCCUGAAACAUCCCAACAACCGCCACGACAAAAACGAAAACCCUCUCCGAGACAUCGGUCCACCCUCCCAAGUGCCGCAAACCAGGAACGCGACUCAUCGAUUCAGACCUUUCGUCCACGGAAACACCCGGGCUGGCAAUGGAGCUGCACCUGCUGUUUGUCUUAAAGUGACAUCACCAACAACCAGACCCGCCCUGACAAGCAGCAAACGUUUACAUAUACGUCUCUGUGGAGUGAACUCGCUGUUUUACAACAGGUACUAAGAAAAAGUGCUCUGCAGAAGUGGGCUGGCACCACCUGCCAGGCUGGUGGAAGCAACCCACCCCCCGCCGGAGGCCCCUGUCGGCAGUGAGAAGGAAGAAAAGCACGGUGACUGUGGCUGUUCUCGGGGUAGGAUGGGGACCACAAGGUUCGACCUGGACUCUGCUUUGGCCCUAAACCCCAUCCGUGGGGAAUCUCCCUCUGUAGGGUUCUCCCCCGUCCUACCGGAAGGACACUGUCCCUUUUUCCUCUGGCAGAGGAAACCCUGGCUAGGAACCAAGCUGGAUUAUGAGGGUCAGGGGUUCCCAGCGAGCUGGGGUUCUCAUUCGGCCCCAGGGAUCCAGCCCCUACCUGCCAGAAAAGUAGAGACAGCUGAGACCCAAAUAACAUCUGGACUGACCCAGUGGUUGGUAGCCAGGGUCUGUAUGGCCUGUAGAGAGCUUUUCUUCUCGCGGCUUCCGGGAAGGCAGACGCUAAGGAGCUGGGACUCAUCCGUGUCCCUGGCUCACAUCUGAGCUAAGAGGCUAAGAGCGAAGGCCCAGCGCCACAGCUGUGGACACCAGGAAGGCUUGAUUGGUGAGAAGAAAGAAGGUAGGGGGAGAGAGAAGUGGCAGGCAGUAGGGUCCCUGAGCCCGCCCUCCCAGCCACAGGGUGACCUGGCUCUUUGGGAGCCCGUCAGCAGUCAUGCCAAGGUUCCGGAACUGCCCACCUCUUCUCCCCCAGCCCUUUUCGAAGUCCUUGCCACCCCUGACUCUUCCACCGCCCGCGUCUGAGUUCUCGGCUGGGACGGGAGGCCCGUGCCCCCCACGCCUUUCAUCUGGACCCACCCGGCCCCCAGUCUUCAGAGCCUUCCGUGAACCGAGUCCGGGCUACUUGCGUACAUUUGCGCCAGAAGGAGGGGCUUGACUGGGGAAAGUCGGUGACGUGAGAGCAUCCUGUCUGUCUGCGUCAGAAGCCGUCACCUAAAGAGAAAAGUUCCAAACGGGAGAGAAGCCUUCAGUGGACGUUACGCCAUGUUAGGCCCCAAACCAGAACUGAACAAGGGUGACGAGGGUGGAGACGUGGUUGGAUUCAGACCCAGAACCUGUGUCCAUGCUCUGAGCCAAGAUGGGGAGGUGUGUGGGCCACCCGUCCCUUUCGUUUAGACUCCCCGAGCAAAGCUCCCAAUCUUCAGAGCCUUCCCUGGAGUCUGGCCACAAUGUCCUGGGAAGUGGGCUGCGGCCUCGAAGUCGUAGGGCCACCUUCCUGUCUCUGGGUCAGAUGCCCCCCCCCCCACCCCCGGCCCGACCCACACUCGAUUGGAGAGCGCAGCUGUGCAGCCGGGCAAGGUAUCCAGGCUCCCGCCCCCCAUGAGCGCCCCAGACCCGAGCUCCUUUCCCUUCCUGGUCGGGGAAGACAGGAGCUGACACCCAGCUAGAGUCAGCCCCGGAUGGCUCUUCCCUCCUCCGUGAGACUGCUGGUCUCAUCCUGUCAUCCCUUGGCCUCCCCCCGUGGGCGUCACGCCCACAGGUCAGUUCAAGAAGCUUUUGUCGAACACCUACGGUGUCUUAUGCAAGUUCAGGGACCCACGAUGGGAACCGUCACAGUCCCUGCCCUUAAGGAAUUGACACUUUGCCAGGAACCCUGAAGGAGAGCCGAAGGCCUGGGGGACACCCCCUUCGUCUUCAGGGCCCUAGACGGCCCCCCAGCUCUUGGCCUAGCCUCUGUGCUGCCUGUCAUUUAAAAAAAAAAAAAAAAAAAAAAAAAAAACGUGGUCCCCUUCUCCUUCCGUCUCUUUAAGUGACUGUGAAUUGAGGUUGGGAACACGUGCUUGCCCUUCUGUGUGCUCUCCCCGUCUGCCAUGGAAACACACGAAGGACUGCAGAUACUGUGAAUUCAGCCCUCACGGCCAGCCGCGAAGGGGACGGAGAAGCUGGGAGGGCCUCCUUGGCGAGAGCUCUGGGGGCUGCGGAGUCCCCAGCGGGGUCUGAGAGUGGAGCCCAAGCUUUGGUCCUUCUUUACAGCAGGCCCCCAGUCCCCAACGUCCCCUCCCAAACUCUAGGGCCCAUGUCCCCGCUGCCUUUAUUCCCCCAAGCCGCAGUCCCCGGGUCUCCAUCCAACUCGAGAUCCCGAAUCCUAGCAAGCUCCCCGUUAGUCGAGGGCAGUGUAGCGAUGUUGACCUCUGUCGCGUCACCAAAUCCGCGCAGGGCGCUGGAAUCCUGCCCCGUCGUGGCCUUUCUUCUUGUGAUCACAGGGGGCAGCUGUGCGCCCUGUAAGCCUGUAUUGCCGUGGUUCUGUGUUGAUUUGGGGUGGGGGGCGGGGUGGAAACACAAAUGUGAAGCCAUUUAGGGAGCUCGUACGAUGCUGCAGUGUUAGCCAGGAUUUCAUCAGUGUGUGUAAAGCCAGCGUCUUCCGUGGCCACAGGCACACGCCUGCUUUUUUUUGAAUGUGAUGUAAAAUUUGUACAGUAAAAGUUUUUAUAUUUUCUAUCAACCGCAUUUGUCUUCCAGAAAUGCUAUUAAUUUAAAUUAAAACGGUUAGUAUUCAUGAACGUGCUGUUAUCAGUUUUUUGCCGCUGGCAAGAACACAUCCUUUGUGCCAGGCCAAGCCUGGGUGUCUGGAGUUUGUGAAUAAAAUUGUACCAACGUG